AUGCCUAGAGCAGGUGCUUUAAAGGGGUAUAAAAGGGAGCAAGCUCUUUUCCAGAAUCACUCUGCUUCAAUCUUGAAGAUCGUGCAUUGUUGGAUAUCGUCGCCAGACCUGAAAAUGAAGGCCUUCUUCAGCGCCACCGUCUUCGCGCUUCUCCUUGCCGUGGCCACGGCGGGACACCUCAAGGGUGCCCUCCUCGGCGGUCUCGGCGCCGGUGCCCUGGGCCUUGGCCUGGGCGCUUUGAGCCACGGUGGAGGCUUCAAGGGGGGCUUCGGCCCUAGCUACGGAUACGGUGGCGGCUUUGGUCACGGCCCCAUUUACGGAGGUGGAUUUGGUGGUGGAUACGGUGGCAGCUACGGCGGCUCCUACUAUGGCACCUACGGAGGAACCUACGGGGGACACUACGGAGGUGGCUUCGGUGGCCUCGGUUUGGGCCAUGGCGUUGGCCCCGGCUUCGGUGGAUUUUACGGAUAA